CAAUCCACUAACAAAGGUCAUGCAGCACCUGAACACCAUCAUGGCCGAAUCACCGGGCCUCAUCACCAUCUGCUUUUUAGGAUAUCUACUCAGUGCUGAAUGUUCAGUUUUUCUUGAUCAUGAAAAUGCCUCCAAAAUUCUGAACCGUCCGAAGAGGUAUAAUUCAGGGAAACUAGAGGAGUUUGUUCGAGGAAACCUUGAGAGAGAAUGUUUAGAAGAAAGGUGUAGUUUUGAAGAAGCACGAGAAGUUUUUGAAAACACUGAAAAAGCUACUGAAUUUUGGAAGAACUAUGUUGAUGGAGAUCAGUGUGAGUCAAAUCCAUGUUUAAAUGGUGGACUUUGCAAGGAUGAUAUUAAUUCCUAUGCAUGUUGGUGUCAACUUGGAUUUGAAGGAAGGAACUGUGAAUUAGAUGUAACAUGUAGAAUUAAGAAUGGCCGAUGCAUGCAGUUUUGUAAAAACGGUGCUGAUAAAAAGGUGAUUUGCUCCUGUACUGAAGGAUACCAACUUGCAGAAGAUAAGAAGUCCUGUGAACCAGCAGUGCCAUUUCCAUGUGGAAGAGUUUCAGUUCCAGACAUUUCUAUGAAGCUCACCCGUGCUGAGACUGUUUUUUCUAAUAUGGACUAUGAAAAUUCUACUGAAAUUGAUAUGCUGGAUAACAGCACUCAAAGCACUGAAUCAUCUAAGGACUUCAUUCGAGUUGUUGGUGGAAAAAAUGCCAAACCAGGACAAAUUCCUUGGCAGGUCCUUUUAAAUGGUAAAGUUGAGGCAUUUUGUGGAGGUUCCAUCAUUAAUGAAAAAUGGGUUGUAACCGCUGCCCACUGCGUUAAACCUGGUGAUAAAAUUGAGGUUGUUGCAGGUGAAUAUAACAUUGAAGAAAAGGAAGACACAGAGCAAAGGCGAAACGUGAUUCAAAUUAUUCCUCAUCAUCACUACAAUGCAACUAUUAAUAAGUACAGCCAUGAUAUUGCCUUGCUGGAACUGGAUAAACCUUUAAUACUAAACAGCUAUGUAACGCCUAUUUGUGUUGCCAACAGGGAAUACACAAACACCUUCCUCAAAUUUGGAACUGGCUAUGUGAGUGGCUGGGGGAAAGUCUUCUACAAAGGAAGGCAAGCUUCAAUUCUUCAGUACCUUAGAGUUCCACUGGUUGACAGAGCCACAUGCCUUCGGUCCACAACAUUCACCAUCUAUAAUAACAUGUUCUGUGCUGGCUACCAUGAUGGCGGCAGAGAUUCUUGUGAAGGAGAUAGUGGGGGACCCCAUGUUACCGAAGUCGAAGGAAUCAGUUUCUUAACUGGGAUCAUUAGCUGGGGUGAAGAAUGUGCAUUGAAAGGCAAAUAUGGAGUAUACACCAAGGUUUCCCGCUAUGUCAACUGGAUUAAAGAAAAAACCAAGCUCACUAAAUGAAAAACAUUCUUUCCAAAGAAAGAGAGUGAAAAUGGGGUGCGUUCCUUACUAACGAAUCGUUUUCCCAUCUCUUUGUUAAAUUUGAAUAUAUACGAUCUAUAAACACUUAAUUUUUCUCUUUAGAGGGGAAAAUUCCAUAUAAGAUCUGUAUUCUACUAGAGCAAGCAGCUUAGAAAGUGGAAUCACCAGAGAAAUCGUUUGGUAGGAAAAUAUGGCCAUUUCCCUGGAUCCAGCCCUUGAUAAAAUUAUGAAGUUAAGUUCCCCAUGCUGCCCAUCAGAUACCAUGGUUCUCAACUACGAUAACUCACCUGAUUCUCCCUUCUUAGCAGCAAUCCAUGUUUCAAAACUUGCCUCUCCCAUGUUCAUUAUGUUUUUAUCCAGGAUCUUUAGUCUAGCCCAUUAAAGGCCAGAAGCACACAGGAGCAGCUGAUAGCUUAAAACUCACCAAAAGUUCUACUUUUUCUUUAUUGUUAUUUCUGAAUCCUUUAUCUUUCCAACUCUCAAUCCCCAUUCAAUGUUUCCCUCUGCCCCGAUUCUCUCUGCAGACAUUAAAAGGAAAAAUGAGCAUUC